UUACAUUUAUAACACGGAAUUAUGGAAAUUUUAUAAUAAAAUCAAGCAAUAACAAAGUUGUAACAAAUGUGAAUAGUUGCAGCUGUCAUUUUAAGUAAACUAUCAUUAUUUUUAUUAGAAUUUGAAAGAUAUUUUAAUAUGGAUAUCCAAGAAACAACAAGACCUUUUCUUGUAGUACGUGGUGCUAAUGUAACAGGAGUAAAGAAACCAACAAAUUACGUAGAAACACUAAUCCACGCGAUAAAGGCAUAUGUUGGUUCAGGAAUUUUUGCAAUGGGAGCAGCCCUUAUGAACAGUGGAAUGCUUUUAGGCCCUGUGCUAUUACUUAUCAUAGCUUUAAUAAAUUUGCACUGUCAACAUUUACUUAUUAAAGCUUGUGUUAAAAUUGCAGAAAAGGAAACUGUUCCAGUGCUACCAAGUUUUGCAGAAACGGUACAAUACACUUUUGAAGACAGCAAUUCUGAGUGGUUGAAAAAACACUCAAAAGCUUUUGGAAUAAUAACGGAUGUUUUUAUAAUUGCUGCAGAGUAUGGAUUUUGCGUUGUUUACUUCAUAUUUGUUUCUAAACAUCUUGGCGAGAUUGCUGAGGCUUACAAUUGGAAGCAAGAUUAUCGCGUCAUCCUUGCAAUUAUUCUAUUUCCUAUGUGGCUCUCGACUUUUUUAGGUAACCUAAAAUUGUUAACUCCAGUUUCUUUAAUUGCAAACAUAAUAAUGUGGAUUGGGAUUGCGUUGGUUUUGUACUAUUCUGUUGCAAACUUAGAUAUAACAACUACUAAGCGAAAUUUAAUAUCACACCCUGAAAAACUUCCUCUAUUUUUUGGAAUGGUUUUAUUUGCAUUUGAGGGAAUUACUUUUAUUAUACCUCUACAAAUGGAAAUGAAAGAGCCACGUUUUUUUACUAGUCCUUGUGGAAUUUUAAAUGUAACAAUGGUUGUAAUAAUAAUACUUUACUCACUUGUUGGAAUAUUUGCUUAUCUGAUGUGGGGGGAUAAAGUAAAAGGAAGUGCUUUUCUCAAUUUACCACAAGACGAAGGGUUGGCUAUAGCUACUAAAAUUUUAAUAUCAGUUGGUAUAAUGUUUACGUUUGCUUUACAUAUGUAUAUUCCUUUUGAAAUUGCUUAUCCACAAUUUUAUAAAAAAUGGGGACCUUUUAACCAUCCUAUCUUGAUUAUGCAUAUUUACAGAUCAGUAGCAGUCUUAAUAACUUAUGGUUUAGCAAAUAUUAGUGCAAAUUUAGCAACAUUUAUUUCGCUAAUUGGAGCUUUAACUGGUGCUUUUUUAGCAUUGUUUUUACCUGCUUUACUUGAACUUGUAAUCUUGUAUGGGUCAUUAACAUAUUUCGUUAUUGUGAAAGAUGUAAUUAUUAUUAUCAUCGCUGUUGGUGCGGCUAUUACUGGCACAGUAAUGUCUAUUAUGAGUAUCAUACAAGAGUAUAAGAAUAAGUGACUUCAAACUUCAAUAACUUUUGUUAGAAAAAAAGAAUAAACUUAGAAAUUGAAUAUUUUUUUUCUUUUGGUUAGAAUUUCCACUUUUUCAGUUAUUAUUAAACAAGUUGAAUUCUAUUGCUUUCGGUUCUUCUUUCUUCUUUUUCUUCUUACCACCUAUAGGAUCUUUUUCUUUAUUUGCCGAAACUAUGGCCCUUUGUAUCCUCCUAGCUGACCGGUUUUGCAAAAAUAUCUACACAUUUUUCUCACAAAUCGUUUGUUUUUCUUUUUCCUUCUUUCGCAUUAAAAUACGAUACCCUUCAGAUCGGUCUUUAAACUUUUCUUGUAAUUCACAAACUCACUUUUUUCUGGAAAGUUUUAUAAAGCUCUUAAUAUUCUCUCCAAUAUCUUUAAAUAAACUUUAUAUUUCUCGGUUUUGUCUCGUCCGAAAAC